AUGGGGGUUCUGAAGUUCGUGGCAGUUCUCUCUGCUGCCGCCGUGUGUGCCUUGCACUCUGAGGCCAGUGUAUCUCCUACGCAAGACUUGAACGAAGCCGAACAUACGGAGCACGUCGACGGCGACAGAACUGAAACUGAAAAUGAAGUUGACACUCUAGACGGCACCGAUAUUACGGUAACAUCCACGCCAGCUCCACGGACAGCUCGCAAUGGUGACGGCUCAGGAUCAUCAAGCGAAAGCACAGAAGCAACGGAGGCACCAACAACACCAGAAGCGACGGAGGCACCAACAACAUCAAAACCAACAGAAGCACCGACAACACCAACAGCAACAGAAUCAACGUCCACAACAACCGCGGAAACAACAAGCACUGCGGCACUUGGCCAGCCUUCUGGUGCCUCUUAUCUUGUGUUGAAUCUGACGGCUGCUACUUUUGCACUUGUUUUGUCAUUUUUGUCGUUCUAA